AUGGCUCCCGACCGCAUUACCAACGCUAUUGACAGUCUGAUAACCCACAUCGUGCCCAGUGAUCCCAAUGAUCCCGAUGAAGUUGCGCAAGAGCGCCAUGAUACUUGUUUCGAGAUUGUCAGAUCCAUAAUAGACAGUCCAGAUUCCCCCGCUAUUUCUUCCGAUGUCAACCACGCUUCCGAUCUCAUAAAACGAAAACUCAUUCAGAGCAAUCCCCCUCAAGCCCUCCGCUUCUCCAACCUCUACACCCGAUUACUGUCUUUGCCUGUGCUGGAGCAUAAGUGGGCAAUACUGUACCUUCUAUAUCAGCUCUCUGAUUCUCCAGACCCCAAUGAGCCCCUCCCAUUAAGCCCAGUUAAGCCGUCGGCGCCCAACUAUCGAGAUGCUAUUAGUCGCGAUGCUAUUAAACGACAGGGCCGAGAACGUAACACCAACUCGUCCAGGUUUGAAGAGGAGCAAUUUAAAGAAGCGUUUCAACCAGGCGGUCUUAAGAAACUGCCGCAAAAGGAGAAUUUUCAACCAAGUAGAGAAGGAGAACCACAGCCUGAACCACCUAGGAGAGAUGUUUCCCUGAAGUCGACAUUACUGGCAAGUAACUAUUCGGAAAUAGAACCCUCCGAAUCUGUCAUCCUGAGAGACCUACCAUUCACCCUCCAGGGACUCUCGUCCACAACACUACCUUUUGCGAAAUCGGACAUCAUCAAGUUACCAUCAACACUUCCUUUACCGAUUAUCUCGCUACUUCAUACUCUGGCAGAGCCCUCGUUACUUUAUCGUGGCCUCGACGGAUUUUGCAAGACUCCCGCCAAAGGACUUCUAGGUCAAAGUCUAAGAGCAGCCAUCCACGGCGAGCUCAAAUCUUACUUGAGUUUGAUCGCAACAUUAGAAGGCCAAAUCAGAAGAGCUCUUGCAUCGCUAGAUGACGAAGCACCAAGAGCGGGUAUCGGAAAAGCAGGAGUCACUCUCAAAAGAUGUGUAGUGUGGACGCGGGAGGCAACCAUGGGCCUCCGGUUGAUGAGCUUGAUUGCUGAGGAGUCUGAAAAGAAGAGAGGAGGUCAGCUUGUCUCCCUCAUCCACAGUUUUUCUUCUUCUCAUGGAGACCCUGUCGUUGCCGCAUUCGCCGAGAGACUAUUGGGAAGUUUCACACGACCAUUCUAUGACAUCCUACGCCACUGGAUAUAUGACGGCGAACUAUCCGACCCUUUCCAUGAAUUUUUUGUCAGAGAGCAGUCUCCCAAUAAAGAUCAGUCAAAAGCUAAGGGUGCAGGCAAUGUUUGGGAAGACAAAUACGAGAUCGCUCCAGAUAUGAUCCCCAGCAUCAUCACGCAAGACUUUGCCCAGAAGGUCUUUUUGAUUGGAAAAUCCUUAAAUUUCAUCCGGCAUAGCUGCGGCGAUGCCAUGUGGGUGGAGGACUACUCCAAAGCUGCCUCUAAGGAAUUGAGGUAUGGUGAUACUGCCACCUUGGAAGCUUGGAUCGACGAAGCGUAUAAGACUACCAUGAAACGUCUCAUCGACUUGAUGGCCAAUAAAUUCCAUUUAUUUAAGCAUCUGCAGGCACUGAAAAACUAUAUCCUUUUGGGGCAGGGAGACUUUAUUGCGCUUCUAAUGGAAUCUCUAGCUGCUAACCUCGACCGCCCUGCUGGAGCGCAGUACCGACAUACGCUGACGGCGCAGUUGGAACACGCUAUCCGAGGAUCAAACGCCCAGUACGACUCUCCCGAGGUCCUGCGACGGCUAGAUGCCCGUAUGUUGCAGCUAUCUCACGGCGAUAUUGGAUGGGACUGCUUCACACUUGAAUACAAGAUAGACGCACCUGUGGAUGUCGUUGUCACAGAAUGGGGCAACCGACAAUAUCUCAAGGUCUUUAACUUCCUCUGGCGUAUCAAACGAGUAGAAUUUGCGGUACUUUCAACCUGGAGAAAGUGCAUGACGGGUGCCCGUGGAGUCCUUCAAAAUUCCGACCCUGCAGUCUCCCAGACAUGGAAAUCAACACGUGGUGUCCUCGCUGAGAUGAUUCACUUUGUGGGCCAGUUACAAUACUACAUCUUGUUUGAGGUCAUUGAGUCGUCAUGGGGUGAACUCCAGAAGCGGAUCCAGAAGGAGGAUUGUACUCUGGACGAUCUCAUCAAAGCACAUACACGAUACCUUAACGAUAUUACGCACAAGGGUCUCCUAGGAGCUAAGCGGCGUACGCACAGUUCUGAUGAAGAUGACCGCACAACAUACAUGAUGCAGCUCGGUGAGAUCCUUCGGUUCAUGCUCAGCUACCGCGACUCAGUUGACGGGCUCUAUAGUUGGAGCGUGUCAGACUUUACGCAACGCCAGGAGGCUGAUGUUCGAAGCACCACACGACACACCGACGACCACGACGGCCUGGAUACACCGACAGCGGGAUCUGGCGCUGUCGCCUCCGAGUUUCCAGUGCUGCAGGAGCGCCUACGACACUUGGGUGCAUCGUUCAAAACCCGCGUACAGAUCCUUCUUGGCGAUCUUGCGUACCAGCCAGAUGUGGACAUGCGAUUCCUGGGUGUCGCCAUGAAUUUCAACGACGUUUAUCAGCCGACACGGCGGAAGUCCAAAGCGGCUCCCGGGACAGCGGCAACGACGCGGAGUCUUUCUACGAAUAGAGCAUGA